CUCUGAAACUGAAAUCCCCUCCUCCACCGGUAGUUGCCGGUUCCUACGAGGUUGUCCCGCCCCCAUUAAAUCCCACACCACGCCCCAUUGAAUGCUUCCACCAACAUUGCCACGCCAUCUCCUUCCUGCUCCGUCGCAUUGUAUAAUGGGGGAACACUUGGGGAUUUUGAAAGUCAUAGUUGUGCAAGGAAAACGAUUAGUGAUUCGGGAUUUCAAGAGUAGCGAUCCUUAUGUCGUGGUCAAGCUAGGAAAUCAGACAGCAAAGACUAAGGUGAUCAACAGUUGCUUGAAUCCUGUUUGGAACGAAGAGCUCAGUUUCACUCUGACAGAACCCGUGGGAGUUCUAAAUUUGGAAGUAUUUGAUAAGGAUCUUUUAAAGAGUGACGACAAGAUGGGAAACGCCUUCCUCAACCUUCAACCCUUAGUCUCUGCAGCCAGAAUACGAGACAUUUUACGGGUUUCCUCCGGCGAAACGACAAUAAGGAAGCUUGUACCUGACAAUGAAAACUGCCUUGUUCGCGAAAGCAGUAUCAAUAGUGUUAAUGGUGAGCUGGUGCAAAAUGUUUGGUUACGGCUUCGGGGAGUCGAGUCCGGCGAGCUAGAGCUGACAAUCAAGUUCAUCACUCCUGUCACGCCCUCGGCGUGAGACAUUAGACGAUGAAUCAGGGGAGCUAGAAUUGACAAACGAGUUCUCCAAGGUUGCUUCCCCUGUAUAAUAGGGCAGAUAUUGUGAGUGUUCUUCUUGUGGUAAAUCUCUUCACAUGAUCAUAAUUGUAACUUUGUGUGUGUAGUUUCCCUCUUUCUUCUGAUUACCUUAUUAGAUAUAUCGUUCAAUGUAUUUUAGCAGCUAGUUAGAUUAAAAUCCACUUCAAGCUACAAAUCCAAAUGAGCGAGUGGUUUCUCUAUGGCUUCUUUAGUCUCUAUGUUGUCAUUUUUUCCUCUUGCAUUACUUUAUAACACUUGUAGAAGUUUCGCUUUUGUUUUGAAAUGAAAAUUUAUUUGAUGAUUGCAUUA